AUGGAUAUUCUUGCACUCAUCCUGUGUGUGAUCCUGGAACUCCUCGCUGUCACCUGUCAGCAGCAGGGGCGCAUUAUAGGUGGCUACAGUCCUGCGCCAUACUCCAUCACGUACCUGGUGUCCAUCCAGACCACAGUGGGACAGCACUUUUGCGGAGGCACUUUGAUUAGCAAGUCCUGGGUGCUGACCGCAGCACACUGCAAUAUAGGGACUGGAAAUAUGAGGAUCGUAGCUGGAGACUACUCCGUGGGCAUAUACGAAGGGACAGAACAGUACCGCAUGCCACGGCUAUUAAUAACUUACCCCCAGUACAACCGAACCACCAACAACGCUGACAUCAUGCUCAUUAAGCUCCAAGCCCCGGUGAUUCUGAACAGCUACGUGUCCAUCGCUCCUCUGCCCCUGCAGGGGGCAGACACAACAGAGGGCCACGUGUGUAGGGUAUCUGGCUGGGGCUUCACCACUCCCUCCGGGGGGAUCCCUUCGACACUCCUCACAGUCACGCUGCCCAUCGUCUCCAGUACCGCGUGCAACAGCACGAGCUCCUACAACGGCAACAUCACAGACAGUAUGAUCUGUGCCGGCUACGCCGCCGGAGGGAAGGAUGCAUGCAGUGGUGACUCAGGGGGACCACUGGUGUGUGAUGGCCGUGUCUAUGGUAUUGUCUCCUGGGGCACUAGCUGUGCGGAUCCUCGGUAUCCCGGAGUUUACACUGCUGUGUCAAAGUUCCGCAGCUGGAUAGAUAGCAGUAUAUCUGGCUUCUAUGGAAACUGCCUCUAG